AUGGUUCCCAACACAGUGACACAACCAAAGAAGGCCACCAAGCAGGGCAAGCCACCAAAACAACCAGACAAGAAGGCCCGUACAAGUACAGGUGUCCAAUUUCAGGAACCAUCUUCUGCCCAACCCUCGGCGGCCUCGGCUGUUCAAGUAGACACGUCUCACAUGGAAGGGGACAACACUACUGCCGCGUCUCAAGAUGAGAGCCAAACCUCAUCUCUUACUGCGUCUACUCCGCGAGGUGGAGGGUCUCCAUUCUUCUCUCCUCCUCCCGGGAAGGCGCACAGUGAUGGCGCCAGGGAUUGGUCUGGCGAUGAUCACCGCCGUCAUUCUUCACUGGCUACUCGAAUCUGUUUCCAGAAUGUCAAUGGACUACCAGAAAAUGGCAAUGAUUUCAAGCAGCAACAGAUCAACUCCUGGCUGAAGGAAGAACGAGUGGGAAUUGCGUUGUUGGCAGAGGCCAAGACGUUUUGGCCUUCUAUCAAUGAAGGUCAUGGUUGGAGUGACAGACUCCGCCAAGCUACAAUGAAGUCCGAGCAAAAAGGGUUUUACUCGUUGGUAGCUUACAAUCGGCAUCAGGACAGAUCUGCUGCCACCUUGGCGGUACAAUGGGGCGGGUGCAUUGCAACCGUUUUGAACCAAGUGGCGCACAGGGCUAAGGAAGCUGGCAGAGACCCCACGGGUUUAGGACAAUGGGCCUAUGUUCGUCUCCAAGGAAGGAAGUUGAAAGCCCAUGGGGGUAAUGUUCAGGACUCUUUGGUUGAGGUAAAUGACUUAGUUUGUGGUCUGAUCUCCAAGGACUUGGUGGUGGUCUCCGCGCAUCGUCCCAACAAGCAAGGCCUCGGUGGAUCUACAGUAUGGGCACAACACAGGCUUCACUUUCAUGCAGUGAAUCGAAAAGUUAGUCCAAGGAAAGCCUUUGUGGACAAUCUUUGCAAACAGAUCACCAAAUGGCAUGAUGAAGGAUGUGAGGGGGUUUUGGGUAUAGAUGCAAACGAGGAUGUCACUGUUAACGCACCCCAGUCUAUCCGCCACCGCUUCCGGGCCUGCGGUCUUGAGGAGGCAAUCCUAAAACACCAUCCACCACAAGCGACCCACCAGCGCAACCAACGGAACAUUCCAAUUGAUGGUAUCUUCACUACUUCGGGCGUACCAAUCCUUGCGGGUAGGUACUACGCCUUUGACGAAUUCUUUGAUUGCGAUCAUCGCGGCUUGUGGAUUGACAUUGAUCUUUCCACCUCCUUGGGCAACUUCCAACCUCAGAAAUCCAACUUCAAGCCACGGAAGUUGUCCCUCUAA